CACAAACCUGCUCUUCAUGACGUCCUAAGCAAGUUUUGUCUCAAGAGAUCAAUGAAGCGAAAGUAUAUCUUCCCCAAAACACAGGACAGACAUGCAGUCAUGUGUUUGCUGCUUUGAGAUUGCAGCAUUAGAAUACAGCUGUCGCUCAACAACCAUUAAGAGACCAUCAGACAGGAGAGCUUUCAGCAGAGUUCGUCCAGUGGGGAGAUCUACUAUGUCUUUUCUCAAGUCUGUUUUGAAUGACUCUCUCAUCAUUCAUCCUCCAGGCUUCUAUAUCAUUGGGUUUGAGACUUUUCCCUUCAUCAGUGUGUACUUGAUCUUUCUCUCGUUUGUUUAUGUGAUCACAGUGCUGUCCAAUAGUUUGGUGAUCUGUGUCAUUUUCUUUAAUCAUUGUUUACACACUCCAAAAUUUCUGGCUGUGGUUAACCUUGCAGUAAUUGAUGUUAUCUUGAACACAUGCACUAUUCCCAGCAUGAUAAAAAUAUUCCUCGUUAAAGACAACUUUAUUCCAUUCAACCUCUGUAUGUUACAAAUGUUUGUCUACUAUGCUUUUGGGACUUUGGAGUCAUAUGCACUUGCUAUACUUGCCUAUGACAGGUUGGUUGCAAUAUGUUUCCCUCUGCGUCACAACUCGAUCAACACAAUGCGGAGCAUGUCAUGGAUUGUCAGCCUGACUUGGUUUUUUGCUCUAGGAGUAAACGCAUUCACAACAGGUAUAAUGACUCGGCUGUCUUUUUGUAAUUCUGUCAGAGUGUUUAGCUAUUUCUGUGACUAUGCGCCUGUAUUCAGGCUGGCCUGUAAUGAUUUUUCAAUGCAGUGGUCUGCAGCUUCCUUCCUUACCAUUUUGCUCCUUGCAGUACCCUUUGCUUUUAUUCUACUGUCUUAUAUGUGCAUUCUGGUGACCGUAUUCAGGAUGAAAUCUUUAGACAGUCGUGUGAAAGCUCUGGCCACUUGUGUAGAGCAUAUCAUCCUUGUUGCUGUGUUUUACAUUCCCCUUCUUAGCAUAUUCACUAUCGGGUUUUAUCUGGGUCUGAUCGACCCGGACCAGCGUGUGCUGAGUCUGUCGAUGGCCUCUUGCAUCCCACCUUGUGUCAAUCCUCUCAUAUAUUCUUUGAAAACCAAAGAGAUCAAAAUCAGAGUUCUGGCGCUGGUAAGAAAAAAUACAGUUGGCACAUAACAAAUAAACCACCAAAAAGCAAACCUUUGAGGGUUAAUGAAACACAGCACUAAAUUAAUAGAGGAAAAAUUGACAGUAUUAAGUCAAUUGUUCACUAGCGUGCUGUUGCUGGCAUCUUUUAUGUGAAUUAGCUAAGCUUUACUAAAGUAAAACUCAACAUGUUAAUCACACUGCUUUUUUUGUUAAAUCUACUGCAUUUCACAGUGUUAAAAAAAGGAACCAAAAAGAGCAUGAGAAAAUAGAGCAGCAGCCUUGAGGCUCCGUUGCUCCUCAUCACUAAAGCAGGUUAUGGGCAGACAGCAUGCAUGAGCCAAACAAACAAAUCUCAAAAGAUAUAACUCUAAAGGAUCAUUGUUUUGUUGUGCGCAGGUUUUGUGUUGUAAUGUAGAUACAGUUUGAGAACCAUUUAAGACUUCGUGUCAACUUUGUUGGUAACUAUUCAUUGUCUGAACUUUAUUGAAUUUGAAUGUACAUCAACUGUUUAGAUAUCUUAUCUGUGACUGAUAAUAGUGAAUAUUGUCUUAUGUUUGUUCAUACCAACAAUGGAGUUAAAUAGUUUUGUAAUUUAUCUUUCACGCGUAUAUGAUUUUAAGCCAUUUGAAAAUGUGUAAAAAGUGUAACAAGCAUUAAAUAUGUGGAUUUAUA